UUCGUCGUUGUUUUUAGGUUCAUAGUCUCGCUAAAUCACGAUUGUAGAAAAAAAUGGAUGACGUUCUGACAGAAGUAGUCUCAUCGGAAGACUUAAAAAAAUUCGAAAGGAUAUAUCACGAACAGCUCUACGAAAAUAAUGUUUCACCAAAAGCACAAUUUGAAUAUGCUUGGUGUCUGGUUAGAAGUAAAUAUCCAGCUGACAUUAAGAAAGGGAUUGGUUUAUUACAGGAGCUUUACAAAACUCACGUAGAAGGUCAAAGGGAUUAUUUGUAUUAUUUGGCUUUAGGUUGUGCGAGACUGAAAGAAUAUUCAAGAUCUUUAAAUUACAUUCGAUCGUUUUUGAGUAUUGAACCUGGAAACCAACAAGUUUUGGCUUUAGAGGCUAUUGUUAAGAAGAAAAUGGAUAAAGAAGGAUUAGUUGGUAUAGCAAUAACAUCAGGGGCUGUUUUGGCUAUAGGGGCUGUGGUUGGACUAGUUGUAGCCGCUACUAAGAAGUAGUCAAUUUGAAUAAUAAAAAUGAUUUGAAUGAGAUUUAGAUUUGGUAGUUUCUUAUUUGUACAAAAGGAACUUUGUAACGGAUUUAUUUAAUUGAUAAAGGAAGAAUUGUAUUAUUAUUAAAAAAAAAUAUUGUUUUUAUUUUGUUAUUUUAUGAAAAUAUUGUUUCAUAAUUAUUUUAAAAUAAAUUUAAUUGUUAAAAAGGAUAUAUUAAAAAUUUAUUUUAAAUAAGUAACUAAUAUUCCUAUUUUAGUGAUCCUAGUUUUUUAAAUUAAUUUUGUAUAUAAUAAAUUUUUAUAAAAAACUCAUUCUAUUUCUCUUUUUAUCCACAUUGUUCAAACUGAGCUUAAACCAUUAAAAUUUUGUAAUCUA